GGAAUAUCAUCAUAAAGUGCACAAAGUUUACAGAACUUUAUAAAAAAUUCAGUAGUGUUUUAUAAUAAUUCGUCAUACGACGAAAACGUAAUCAUGCCUACUUGAUCAAACAGAGCUGGUUUAUUUAUUGGGACACACGGUAAUUAAGUUUACCGGAAGAAAAGCGCCAAGAUGUCCAGCGUCAAUCGUAAUGGCAGCGAGGUGAUUUAUAUCGGUGAUAAGAGCACUAAUCGCCAACGAAAUGCUCCCAGUCCGGAUGAUAAUAGGAAGGAGGUGAAAAUACUAUUUUUCGACCUGACAUAUUACAACACGACAACGCAAUUUCUGCUGUGCUGUGCGGGCGUUUUCGUGCUCUAUCUGCUGUAUGGUUACAUGCAGGAAUUGAUUUUUACAUUGGAUGGGUUCAAACCGUAUGGCUGGUUUCUGACCCUGGUUCAGUUCGCUUACUACACAAUAUUCGGUUAUAUCGAACGAUUUAUGGAACGAAUCAAAACUCCUCGCUGCAUUCCAAUGAAAACUUACGUUCUACUGGCUUUUCUAACGCUCGGCACAAUGGGCCUAUCAAAUUCCAGUCUAGGAUACUUGAAUUAUCCGACACAGGUGAUCUUUAAGUGCUGUAAGCUAGUACCGGUAUUGAUCGGUAGUAUCCUGAUCCAAGGCAAAAAACACGGACCGUUGGAUUUCCUGGCAGCGGGCGCAAUGUGCGUCGGUCUGGCGCUGUUUACAUUGGCCGAUUCGCAGGUUUCACCAAAUUUUAACCCCUUCGGUGUGCUGCUGAUUUCGUUGGCUUUACUGUGCGAUGCUGCUAUUGGGAAUGUGCAGGAAAAGGCAAUGCGAGAGCACAAGGCGCCCAAUAACGAGGUGGUAAUUUAUUCGUAUGGAAUCGGAUUCGUCUAUCUGGGCGUGAUAAUGUUGGUUACCGGCAAUUUGUUUUCCGGAAUUGCUUUCUGUAUGGAGCAUCCGGUAGAGACGUACGGUUACGCUUUCCUAUUCAGUCUUUCCGGCUAUCUCGGAAUUCAGAUCGUUCUUACGCUAGUUCGAACGUGUGGUGCUCCUCUCGCGGCAACGGUGACAACGGCCCGGAAAGCCGUCACCAUUGCGCUGUCGUUUGUGUUUUUCAGCAAACCAUUUACGAUUAACUACCUAUGGUCCGGACUGAUCGUGGUGCUAGGAAUCUAUCUUAAUGUCUACAGUAAGCGAAGCAAGCUGACGUUCGGUGAUAUCAGCAGGAACUGCAUGCGGCUGUUUUACAGCAUUGUUCCCCACGCGGGAAGCUCGGCAUCCGGUACCAAAAAGUUACUACUAGAAGUUUAGGAACUAAUUGAAAGUUAAGUUAAAACUUAAUAUCUUAACCACAUUGUGACCGCCCACUUAUAAAUAAAGCUAGCAUAUU